CUGAUGAGAUGAUGAAUGUGUUAGAAGAAUGUCGAGUCUCUCCACCUCCCAACGCUGUGGGUGAGAAGUCUCUCCCACUCACCUUCUUUGAUUUGCUAUGGCUACAUCUCCAUCUAGUCCAAAGCCUCUUCUUUUAUAAAUUCCCUCAUUCUAAGACCCACUUCAUAGAGACCACCAUCCCUUCCCUUAAACACUCACUCUCCCUCGCUCUCAAGCACUUUUAUCCCUUUGCAGGAAAUUUACUAUUUCCUCCAAAUCUUAGAGAGCCUGAAAUUCAUUAUGUGGAUGGUGAUUCAGUUUCAUUGACCUUUGUUGAGUCUAAUAGAGAUUUUGAUUACCUCAUCAAAAACCACCAAAGGAAAAUUGCUCACUUUCAUCCUCUUGUGCCCCAAUUGCCUCCAGUGUCGGUCCAACAAGGCACCAUUGUAGCACCUGUUUUUGCUGUUCAGGUAACACUUUUUCCCAACUCUGGAAUUUCUUUUGGGUUCACCUGUGACCAUGUUGUGGCAGAUGGUAAUGCUUUUAUUCGAUUCAUAAGGUUGUGGGCUACUAUUCAUAAAUUACAGAGAGAGCCCUUGAUGUUAGAGGGUGAAAUCCUUCCAUUCUAUGAUAGGACCAUGGUAAAAGACCCGAACAAGAUAGGUUCAAUUUUUUGGCAACAUCAGCAGAAAAGUAAAUUUGUAGGAUAUCGACCACUGCUCCCUACCAGCAACAUCCUGGCUGCAUUUUUACUAAGUCAAGCCGAUCUUCAGCGACUCAAAAAAAGGGUUAUGGUUCAAUGCCCAACGUUGUUACAUGUCUCAAGUUUUACAGUAACAUGUGCUUACACUUGGACUUGCAUUGUCAAAGCUCGGGCUUGGAGUGGUGAGGAGGUGAGCGAGAAUGAGUUAGAGCACUUUGGUUUUGUGGCCGAUUGUCGAGCCUGUUUGGACCCGCCAUUGCCUGAAAACUAUUUCGGUAACUGUUUAGUGCCAUGUCUUCUAACUGCAAAAAGUACGCACCUAAUAGAUGAAGAUGGUUUUAUAAUUGCAGCCAAUCUUAUAGGAGAAGCAAUUCAAGAAAAGCUUGGAAGCAAGAAGGGAGUUUUGGAAGGUUUAGAUAAAUGGGUCGUGAAUUUUUCAUCUAUAAACAUGGAGCGAGCUGUAGGAGUUGCUGGGUCACCAAGGUUUUCAGUUUAUGACAUAGAUUUUGGAUUGGGACAACUACAAAAGAGAGAGUUUAUAUCAAUAGAUGAAACAAGGUCCAUAUCACUUCAUGAAGGCAAAGAUAACAAACGCGAUAUUGAAGUUGGUUUGUCAUUCCCCAAGAUUAAAAUGGAUGCUUUUGCCUCUAUCUUCACUAAUGGCCUCUCGGUCUAUGAUUAGAAAAAGGAAACAUGUUUAUGUGGAAACACGUUUCUUCAUAAAUUUGAUGUGAAUUUCUCUGUAAUCUGCAUUCCAAUGUGACUUACAUUUGGAAAGUUGUCAUUGUAAAUUUUUAUUUGUUUUUUUUUUU